CAAUAUUGACAAGUUGAUAGCAUGCUCCUUUGUUGUUGUCUAUAGCUAGAGACAUUCUAGCUAGCAAGUAAUGGCUGCUGAAGCAAUGUUGGAAGACUACCAUUCUGAUGACAAGUUGGACACUUAUACAUCUGUUAUAUCGGAUCGUAAUAUUCCUGCAGUUGCUGCCAAAUACUUCAAUUUAUACGCUUGUUUGCCUAAUCUGAGGGACAAGACUGUACUGGAUCUACCGUGUGGGCUGGGGAUUAAAGCUAGGAGGUUUAUUUCAGAGUACGGAGCCAGCAAAGUGGUGGGAGUAGACAUUGUUCAGAAACAGCUGGACCUCUCAAGACAGUCGGACGUGGAGGCAGGUGUACAAGAUGGACGAAUUGAGUACGUCUGUCAUGAUGCCAAGGUUCCUAGGGAGAUUUUUCAAGCUGACGUUUGCGUGGCUGCGCAUUUGUUCUGUUUUGCUGAGCAUUUUGAUGAACUUCUCGGUAUUGCUAAUUGUGUUUAUAUGAACUUGAAAUCCGGUGGAGAAUUUUGUUCGAUAUCUUGCUCAUUGGGUAGAGAGAGCACGCAUCUAAUUAAAGAAAAGCUUGAAACAUUUGACCAACGAGUGAUUCGUCUUGAUGAAUGGAGCGGUGAUGUACGUGUGCCGAGGAAAAUGGCGUCAACAAUUAAAGGUUUCAAAUUCGAAGUAUGUGUAUGGGAUUAUGAAGCGGUUGUCAUGGCUCUAAAGUCAGCUGGUUUCUCUCGUGUUGAGCUGGUCCCCUACAAGGCUGACCCGGAGUACAGUGGCCCCUAUAACCUCGAGAAGUACAUGAAGAUGAUCGAUGGUCAAGUGGUUAUGGCCAUCAAGUGAACACUGUGUGUGCUAUUGUUGUGUGCAUGUGUUUGCUUGGAUGCAAUUAUGAUUUUUUGUUGAUAGGUUUUGAUUGACAACCACAGACGAGUCAUG